AUGGCGGACGAUAAAACCGACUCGAAGCUCUCCAUGGACACCAGUCUUGACGCAACCGAAACUCCGCACGCCAAGCAGUCGAUACACUCUUUCAAGAAGAAAUAUGCCAAGCUCAGAAUGAAAUUCACAAAACAGGAGUUGGAAAGUGAGGCUCUCAUUCGCGAAGAGUUGCGCAUCGAAGAUCUCUCGAAACGCAUUCAAGAACAAAACGAUCAACUGCUGGAGAUUCUUCUCGAGUUCAACGAAAGCCUACACUUACCUCCUUCAUCACGCUAUGAUCUGAGCAUGCCCGAUGACACUCCCUUCCUUCCUCCAACCGAACAAGAAAUUACGCCCUUAGUCAAUGACUCCAAGCUUGCCAAAACAGCUUUGAAAGAGGCCAAAGCCGAAUUAGCCAACGGUACCCUCUCGGCCAGUGCAUACCGCCAAGUCGAAGAAAGUGUGAAGAAAAACAAAGACUUUGCUCCUGCUUUGCAAUAUCGCAAGUUAAUUCAAGUGCCCCACACCGCAGCCAGUGCCUUGGAGCAAGAACGAGGAUCAAAUGGCGUACGACGAACCCUUGGGUAUCUUACACCUGAACGCGAGACCGAAUGUUACUUGGCUCUAGAUGCCAAGCUUGGCGACGAGACAGCCAUCACGCAACUCGCGCGCAUUCCGGAACCACCCACCUUUGCAGAGCGCGAACGCGAGGCAGUGCUGCGCAAUCCUGCAUCAGUUCACAAUUGGCUACGACGCAAUCAGCCACAGAAUCUACAAGAACACGAAGUGGCGUCCGAAAAAUCGACGUCGCGUCCGUCCAACGUACGCUCAUCUAAGCGGGCCCUUGCCCAGCGCAAAGAUGAGGAGAACUAUGACGAGGAGGGAAUUGAAAUUGAGCCUACUCCUAAGAACAAGCGUAAGCGCGAAGAAGAUGCUGGGUAUCGCCCAAAGGGAGGCAAUAAUCGCUCGAAAAAGAAAAAGGACGAAGGGACUACCAGUCGCAGUGGCAAGAAGGCAUAG